AUGAAAGGCCUAAAUAUCAUUUACAGCGUAACUACCAUAACAACCACAGAAAUUAGGUCAAAACACGCAGAACUGCUACUUAAUGAUAAUAUUAAUCGGCGUUGCCCAAACCUCCUGCUACUGGAAUUCACGGGCCGCGGGUCUUCGGUAGAUUUGGUUGAUUUGAAGAUUCGGAGGAUCAAGAUGAGGGUGCAUCGAGCAUCUACGAUGCUUCUUGGCUCGUUGGAUGUCAAGGCGAAAACCGCCCAAAUUUUUCAUCAACUUAUGCUUUCCAAAGCGCUGAUUGCCCAAGAGCACAAAGGGAUAUAUUCGAUACUUCCUAUUGGUACCUUCUAAACUUUACCUUGCAAUGAUGCCUCUUCAAGAGACUUGCUGCGUUGAAUGAUUCGGAAUUCCUAAUGAAGUCGAAGAUUUCAAUUUUUUUUUCAGAGAAAGGGAGUCAGGAUAAUUAUUUUGAAUCUUGAAUCUUGUUCUUUCUAUAGAAAUUUUUUUUUAGAAAACAGUCUUAUAGGAAUUGAAAAGUACAUUGGACUUAAAUGGUCUUUAA